AUGACGUCGGAUGCGUCUUUCGGUGCUGGCGAUACCGCUCAGCUGCCGUCGUUCUACUCUCCUCGAACCGCCGCCGUCGACACGCCCCGGAGCCGCGAUGGCCAGCCGAUUGACGACUUGUCGCUGUCAAGAUCGAGUCAUAUCGAUUCCCCAAAGACUCAGCCGCCCCCGCCAUCGCUUCUCUCACCAGCCUUUACUCCUCCGGCCACUCCGGGAAAUCAGACGCCCACAACUGCCGGACUGCGAGGAAUCCCCGUCGACAGCUCGAUUGCGUCUGGUGGAUGUGGAAGCAAGAAGCCGAAGCUGCUUGAAACAUUACCCGAGGUACAAUGCGUUGUGCGCGCCCGCAUCCCCACAGUCAACGGGACCGAGAUGUUCUUGCAUCUAUAUACCAACAACGUCGAUAACAAGGAGCAUCUAGCGAUUGUGUUUGGGAACCAUAUUCGAAGCAAAUCGUUAGAUGCUCCCCGCGAGGGCGAAACCGAGAUGGAUCGCAUGAUUCGCGGUGCAUACACAGGCCGGCUCUAUCCGGGCCGGACAACAAGCGGCAUGGGCGGCCCUUCAUCAGAGACAGAGUCACAGCAAGGGCAGUACGGCCGUCAAGAUCCGCCAUUGGUGCGCAUCCAUUCGGAAUGCUAUACCGGGGAGACUGCGUGGUCGGCGAGGUGCGACUGCGGCGAACAGCUGGACGAGGCUGCGCGACUCAUGUCGCUACCGGGUAACAAAGCCGGAGGCAUCAUCAUUUAUCUGCGACAGGAGGGCCGUGGUAUUGGGCUUGGCGAGAAACUCAAGGCAUACAAUCUGCAAGAUCUUGGAUCUGAUACCGUUGAGGCGAACCUGCUACUGCGACACCCAGCCGAUGCUCGUAGCUACGGCUUGGCCACCGCUAUGUUGAUGGACCUAGGCCAGAAAGACGUACGCCUAUUGACCAACAACCCCGACAAGAUUCGUGCUAUUGAAGGCCCCAACCGGGAAAUUGUCGUAACGGAGCGAGUUGCCAUGGUGCCCUUAUCAUGGAAGGGCAAAGGGGGCUUCCGGAGUCAGGAAGUAGAGGGCUAUUUGAAGACAAAAAUCGAAAAGAUGGGCCACAUGCUAGAUAUGGCAGGGCUUCCUCAUUAG